AUGCUCGGCAUAUUACCAAUCUUUUGGACGGCGCUAUCGUUGACCGGUUUGGCCACGGCCAGCGCUCCAUGGGACGGACCUUCGGUCGGAACGGCGGAUGUGAAUUUCGUCUGCAGCUAUCAUCAAUUAGUCGGUAGCAAGAAUGGCACAGGUCCCGAGAAGACGUGCUCGAUGCUGAAACCCAAGUUCAAGGACGGGAAAGUCACAGAUUCGGGCGUAUUUGCUGGCGAGUACAAGACAGUCACCACUGCAGUCGAUCCAUCGCCAUGCCAGAAUAUCAGUGCGGCCGCCAUUCAAGACCAAUCUCCGUCAGGUGACUUCGUCGUCAGCAAUGGCGGUUGUUUAAAAGCGACUGGCUGGACGCAUCUCAGAGUGUUUGGAGCGCCUCACUGCCCGGUGGACCCGACGGAGAAGGCACAAACUCAGCUCUAUCAUCUUGAGCAAGUCUUCAAGCUAGACAUCACUAAGGGCCAGUACUUUUGUAUCGUCCCGGGUUUCAAAGUACAGAGCUUCCUCUAUCUCAAGCCCUGA